AAAUACAAUUUAUUUUACUGAGAAUAUUCUUACCAUAUUUUUCAAAAGCAAGUUCUGUGCUUUCUCCUCCUCCUAAGUCCUCAUCUUCAUCUUCCUCCGCCGCCCGCCGCCUCCGCCGCUCUGCAAUCACGAUUCGCUGGUUGCUCAUCUUCCCUGCUUCAUCAAUGGUGGCUCUUAGUUGCAGAAGGAUUGCAGCACCAAAUGAAUGAUGUGAUUUGUGAUAAGGAUACAAGUUAUCCCCGUAUUUCGCCACACACGUGGGUUCGGUCCUCCAAGGUCUCAUGGCUGGAUCGAUCGGAUUUGUUUGGAAACUAACUUCUGAUGGCUGCAUCUUUACACUUUAGGAUAUGGCCUCUUAAACAAUGCUACUUGGACCAUACUUCUGCGGGGGAUAUGAAGUUUCAUCAAUAUGCAGUUUUUGAGUGGCAAGCAAUUUGGGCAUGUUUGAACCAAACUUGUUAAUUGCUGCAUCUUACAAAGAGGAAAUAAUGGUGCUUGCUUUAGAUCUUUACUGAGACGAAAACUGAAUAAAUAGGUUACGUCAAAGCGCUGCUGCCUUUUGGACAAUUCGAUUCUCUUCUACUCGUAUCGUCAUCAAAAAUGGCACAAGUUUUCACUCCAACAGCUAUUACACAGUUGUUUCAGAUGUUUUUAGCAGCAGUAGUAUUUUUUCAUACUUCUGAGUACCUAUUAGCAGUUGCCUUUCACGGCAGACCAAAUGUUACACUCGGAUCUCUUCUCAUAAGCAAAGGCUAUAUUUUCGCGAUGCUCUUCUCAAUGUUGGAGUAUAUUGUUGAAAUCCUCUUAGUCCCCGGGCUGAAGGAGCAUUGGUGGAUUUGCUACACAGGGCUCGCCAUGGUAGUUAUAGGAGAAAUCAUACGUAAGAUGGCGAUCAUAACGGCUGGUAAUGCCUUCACACAUCUUAUCAGGACUAAUCGUGACGAGCGUCACGAACUAGUUACACAUGGAGUCUACAGAUUUGUUCGUCAUCCAGGAUACACCGGUUUCCUCAUCUGGUCAGUUGGUACACAGAUAAUGCUUUGUAAUCCAUUGUCGACAAUUGGAUUCGCAGUUGUUGUUUGGCGAUUCUUUUAUAGACGGAUUCCAUACGAAGAGUAUUUCUUGAGAAGGUUCUUUGGUUCGCAGUAUGAUGAUUAUGCUCGACGAGUUUGUUCAGGGGUGCCAUUUGUAAAGUAAUUUUCAAUGGGAUUUAUGCAGAGAGCUCAAAAGUGCUAAAUGUCUUAUUUUGGUUAGAAAUGGUAAACUGAAUGAAGUUUAUUACAUCAUAAGUUGGUAGAAAUUGGCUCCAAAUGCUUCAAAAUAAAGUUUCUCCAUUGGAGCAAAAAUAUAGUAUCAGUUUGAUUUUACCAUAUUUGUAGACC